AUGGAGGCUCUGAUCUCGCCUACACCAAUACUUGUAGCACUGUUGACUGCCAUCGCCUUCAUAUGUCGAGCCUGGCCUCGUGGGAUAUACCCUAAGACGCUCUUCAUAGGCCAAUCUGAGCCACCUCAUCAAGUCUCAAGAGCCGAUGACACACAAGCUGUCUGUAAGGAAUCGGAUUUUCCUAAAAACUGGCUGAAUAGCAAUGAUAUUUUCCAACUCGAACGGCGCGCGGUGUUCAGCAAGUCGUGGCUGUAUCUUUCUCACCGCAGCCAGUUCACAAAACCUGGCGAUUAUCAGUCCUUCGAAGUGGCCAGCUUCCCCAUCUUCCUCAUCCUGGGAAAAGAUGGUGAGAUCAGAGCUUUCCACAAUGUUUGUCGCCAUAGAGCGUACACGGUCGCGAAUAAAGAGCGCGGAAGUUCUACCGUUCUCGGAUGUCGCUACCAUGGCUGGAGCUACAACACAAAAGGCGAGCUUAUCAAAGCCCCUCAUUUUGACAAUGUACUUGGUUUCGAUAGAUCACAGAACAGCCUGUUUGCUAUUCAUGUUCAGCAGAGCACCGACGGCUUCAUCUUUGUGAAUCUCGAAGGCGAUGCGCCAGGUGAGCUGCUAGAGACCGAUUGUCUGACCGACUUCGUGGAAUGUAAUGGAGCUAUAGCCCAGUCACGCUGGAUUGGGGGUAAGGUUAUCGAAGGAGGAUUCAAUUGGAAAAUGGCUGUCGUAUCUGAGAAGCAGUUCGGUACAACUGCAAUAUUGCCCGAACUUGUGCGACUUGUGCGUUCAGCUCUUUUAGCAAGAAUCAAGCAUCAUUUGGACGGGAAGGCUGCAGGAGACUCUGAUACUCUGCUAUUUCCCAAUGUCUCGUUUCAUACCAUCAAGAAUACCAGAUAUUGGUACUCCCUAAGCUUCCAUCCGGCGUCUGAGCGAAAGACGCUGAUCCGAUACGAUCUGUACUGCUUCCAGAACACGGAGGGCGAUGUCAAUUCUCAGUUGAUUUCAGAUAAGCUCAUUGAGAUGAUAACGGAACAAGUCACCGAAAUGGAGAGCCAAUAUCAGUUACAAGCCAGGGCAGCUGAGGAUGGCUCCCAGGGAGGUGUGAUAGCAACGACCACUGAAGAUAGGGAUUUUCGCUUUCGCCUUGGCAAGUCAAAUUUGCAAAAAAUGAUUCUCGAGCAGCUGGAAAGGCAUACUAAGCUCGAAAAGCUGCAAGGGAUGGAAGUGCAUCCUGCGAUGAGGCAGUCGCGAAUGACGCCAAAGUCCCAGCAGGCCGACCGACUUUGCAGAGAGCUCGAAUGUCGUGGCGAGAAAUUCCCAAGUCUGGCCUGGUAG